AUGGAUUCUCAAUCAACCCAGCAGGACGGCGCUGGCCAAGCUACCCUGAACGCAUUGGGCUCUGUUGUUUCCCAGUUAUCUCAGUACGGCCAGAAUGCCUCCAACAACAUCCAAAAGAGCUUUGGUGACAUGACAACACACGGCUGGCUUCGCCUCGUCAUGAUUGUCUGCACAUACCUGCUGAUACGGCCACAUGUCAUCAAAUACUCCACCAAGCACGCCGUCAAGCAGCUGGAAAAACAGGAUGAAAAGGACAAGGCGGAGGCCAAAGAGGCAGUGGCCAAAAUGUCGCCCAACGAUCUGCGUGGCCUGAACGCUGGAGCAGAGCUUGACGUGGACGCUGAUGAGGGUGCCGACGGAACCAGCGCCGACUGGGGCUCUAAGGCACGAGUCAGGCAGAGGAAGAUGCUGCGGAAGAUGCUGGAAGCUGAGGAGAGGCGACGAUAUGAGGAAGAGUCUGACGAGGAUAUUCGGGAUCUCCUGGAAUG